AUGCAAAUUGAAUCAGCAAGAAUUCUUGCCGUGUUCCCAACUCCUUCGAUAAGUCAUCAAAUAGUUUUUCAACCGUUGACGCAAGAACUAGCGAAACGUGGUCACGAAGUGGUUGUGAUAACUACAGACCCAGCCUUUACAAAAGAAAGUGCACCGAAAAAUCUUCGUGAAAUCGAUCUUCAUGAUUUAUCGUAUAAUAUUACGAAAUCGGCCAAAGUUUAUAUUUCAGGAGAGAAAACAUAUUUAAAUCAACAAGUGCUAUUAGUUCUCCAAGCAUUACCAUAUAUUACAAAACAGCAGUUUUUAUCUGAAGAAGUGCAAAGUUUAGUAAGGGACAGUAGUGUCGCGUUCGAUCUCUUGAUAGUCGAACUUUUAUCGCGACCAGCUCUAGCCUACUCCCACAUUUAUAAGGUACCUGUCAUUGAAAUAAGUUCCUUUGGGGGUUCUUUUGGAACAUUUGAAAUGUUGGGAGCUUCUUCUCAUCCACUCUUAUAUCCACUAGCAUACCAACAGAAAAGCUAUAAUCUUACUUUAUGGGAAAAAAUAAUUGAGUUGUACAGCUUCUCCUUUACGUUUAACUUUGCUAAAAAUUUGGACGAUAAUAAUUCUGAAGUAAUGAAAAGGAUAGUUGAUACAAACAUUCCACCUAUCGCAGAAUUGGAGAAAAAAGUGCAAAUGUGUUUUUUGAAUAAUCAUCCACUUUGGGAUUUCAAUCGUCCUGUACCAAAAAAUGUGUUAUAUAUAAACGGAAUAUCCUUGAAAUCAAACAAGGCUUUACCUGAGGAUUUAAAAACGUUCAUCGAUAAAUCGAAACAUGGCGUUAUUUACGUGAGCUUCGGAACGAAUUACUCGCCAUCUUGUCUACCACCAGAAAAAAUUCAAGUAUUAAUGAAUGUUUUUUCGCAACUUCAUUAUAACGUGCUUUUGAAAUGGGACAAAGAAGAUAUUUCGUUGUGUCCAAAAAAUGUUAGAGUUCAGAAAUGGUACCCACAGUCAGAUUUAUUGAAACAUCCCAACAUUAAAGCCUUCGUUACACAGGGAGGACUCCAAUCUACAGAUGAAGCUAUCGAUGCUGGAGUUCCUUUAGUUGCAAUACCACUUCAAGGAGAUCAGUGGCUUAAUACAGAAAAAUAUGAAUAUUAUAAAAUUGGAAUCAAAAUUGAGAUGGAAAGUCUAACGGAAGAUACGUUCAGAAAUGCUAUUAAGACCGUAGUACGUGAUGCAAGCUAUCGAAGAAAUAUUUUGAAGCUCCGUGCUAUAAUGCGUGAUGAAGCACAAACAGCGCUGCAGCGCGCUGUGUGGUGGACGGAGCACGUACUGCGACAUGGCGGCGCACAUCUGCGCGCGCCUGCAGCUGGUGUGAGCUGGAGUCAAUACUACGAGAUCGACUUAGUGGUCAUCGUGUUAAUUGUCACUUUGACUUCAUUGGUUAUGAUUAAAUAUUUAAUCUAUUCAGCUGUUUCUAGAAUCUUUGCGCCUACUUUAAAGUUACCGGAAUGGAAAUCUGAUUAAUAUUUUUUUCCUACUCUAAUAUUUUCAAACUUUGAACCAGCGUAAAGAUGGUCAUUACUUGUAUGAUUUUUAAGUAUUAUCAAAAUGUUAUCUGGUAACGU